GGGGGGGAGGGAAGCAAUAGCCAAAGGGGAUGCCAGUGAGGUGUGGCUUGCAUUUAAAUAUCCAAUAUGUCAAUGUAAGGGGAGUGUGUACGUAUAUAAAGUGCAGUUCGCAUCCGACGGCGGGACACUGGAUCCAGCGAUGGGAGGCGCGGGCGGCGCGGGGCCGGGCCGGGGCCGGCAGCGCGGGGCCGGGCGGCCGCAGCCCGCGCUCUGAGCGGCCGCUCUGCCCGCGCCCCCGGGGCCGCUCCGCUCCGCGCCCAUGGCCGAGGUGGGUGGCUUCCUGGGCGCGCUGGACCCCGACCUGCACGGCUUUCCCCCCGCGCUGGGCGCCGGGCUGCCCCUCGCCGACUCUCCCGGCUUCCUCAACGAGCGCCUGGGGCAGAUCGAGGGGCGGCUGCAGCGGGGCUCCCCCACCGACUUCGCUCACCUCAAGGGCAUCCUGCGGCGGCGGCAGCUCUACUGCCGCACCGGCUUCCACCUGGAGAUCUUCCCCAACGGCACGGUGCAGGGCACCCGGCAGGACCACAGCCGCUUCGGGAUUUUGGAGUUUAUUAGCCUGGCAGUGGGGCUGGUGAGCAUCCGUGGGGUGGACUCCGGACUCUACCUCGGCAUGAAUGAGAGAGGCGAGCUCUAUGGGUCGAAGAAGCUCACCCGGGAGUGCGUUUUCCGCGAGCAGUUCGAGGAGAACUGGUACAACACGUACGCCUCCACCCUGUACAAGCACCCCGACUCGGAGCGCCAGUACUACGUGGCCCUCAACAAGGACGGCUCCCCCCGCGAGGGGUACAGGACUAAGAGACACCAGAAAUUCACCCACUUCUUACCCCGGCCUGUGGACCCUGCCAAAAUCCCUGCCAUGUACAGAGACCUCUUCCACUACAGCAACAUGAACAAUAAAUCCACCUCUGAAAGGGCUUUGUGCAGUAAAGAACAAUUACCUAAGCCCCAAACUCCUGCAGGAAGAUGACAUCAAAUCACAGGU